CCGACCACACCUAAAAAACACCCGACAGGAGAAACAAAAGUGAAACAAAGCAGGUCCAUAUUUGGAGUUUCCUCCUGAAGGGUUUUAUAAGAAGCGGGUCGAGAUUCAGCCUGCAGACCGAGACGGACACAAACAGAGGGAUUCUGACACCAUCAUGAGCAGAGUACAGUGGGCUGAAGUUGACUUUGAUCCUCCUCCUGGAGCAAUCCGGUUGCUCACCCCGCAACCGGCUGACGGCAAAACCUACGUCAUGUACCAUGGCACCACCCAGGCGAAGGCUCAGAGCAUCCUGGCCAGCGGUUUCCGUCAGUCUAAAGACGGGAUGCUUGGUCGAGGGGUCUACCUGAGCAGAGACCUGGAGAAAGCCAGUCGCUAUCCUAUUGGUCAUCCUGAUGAAGACAAGGUGGUCAUCAGGUCAUCAGUCAAUGUGGGGAAGGUGAAACGCAUCGAUCAUCAGAAGCACCCAAUGCAGAAGACCUGGCAUGACCGUGGAUACGACACCGCCUGGGUGCCGCCCAACUGCGGGAUGGUGUCAAGCGGCCUGGAGGAAAACUGCGUCUGGGAUCCCCGUCGAAUCAUCAUCUUUGACUUGAUAAAACCCACUGUAGUCUCAAAUGUUUCAGGUGGCUACAUAGGCCGGAAGAGAUUCAGGUUUCAUUCUGAGACGGACGCAAACACAGGAAUCUAUACCAACAUGUUCAUGCCACUUUGGUAUGACAUCCAUCUUAAUUCUUUUGGAGAAUUUUAUUUGAACAACCAACAAGCAGCAGAUGGCUGGAUCUACACCAUGUACCAUGGCACCACCCAGGCGAGCGCUCAGAGCAUCCUGGCCAGCAGUUUCCGUCAGUCUGAAGAUGGGAUGCUUGGUCGAGGGGUCUACCUGAGCAGAGACGUGCGGAAAGCCAGUCGCUAUCCUAUUGGUCAUCCUGAGUGGGACAAGGUGGUCAUCAAGGUUAAAGUCAAUGUGGGGAAGGUGAUAGCUAUCACUCAACAGAACCACCCUCUGCAGAAGACCUGGCAUGACCAUGGAUACGACACCGCCUGGGUGCCGCCCAACUGCGGGAUGACGGAGAGCGGCCUGGAGGAGGACUGCGUCUGGGAUCCCCGUCGAAUCGUCAUCCUGGGGGUCAUUUACCCCUGUAUGGUCCCAGUCCAGCUUGGAUAUCCAGGUUGUUCAUAUGGCUACAUGUAAAAACAAGCAGUGAUU